AUGUCCAGGUCGAUGGACCGCGGUCCAUUAUCAAAAUGCUUAACUCUUUUGAGAGCCUCGUACUCAAUUUCCUUGAUUUUGUCUAGUAAUUCCUGUGGUUGCAAAAAAGUCUCAACUUUGAUACAUCCAUUGACAAAGUCCGGCUGGUCCAGGAAGUACAUUGGCUUCGACCGGAACAGUGUAGAUGUGGCCACGACGUUAAUUUCGCGGGCCUCGAGCUCCUUCAAAGCCCGUUCGAUGUUGGAUACUUGGGCGCCCUGGUUUGAGCCAACUGCCAAGUAG